AGGAUUAGUUUAAUCAAACAAUCAUCACCCUCGCUUGGAGAUUGAGAUUGCGAUUGCGAUUGCGAUUGCGAUUAGGGUUUAGACGAAAUCGGAGACGAUGACUGAGAUUGCGAUCUUGCUUAAACGGAAAUUGGAAUCUUCAGGAAGCUCAGGCGCAGCUCCGAUACAGAGUUUCUCCAAGGUUGAUUACGGUCGCAAUCCAUGGGAUGACGAUGAGAUUGAUCCUGUGAUCGAGAAGGAGUACAACCGUCAAUUUUUAGAGUCCGACGGUUUCGAUGUUGAUUACUUCUAUCUUCCGUAUGGUGGUGAACUAGUUCCUCACUUAGUGGAAAACAAGUAUGAUUACCCAUAUGACAUCGGCUUGUCUUUGUUUAGUAGACUUGGACUUCACUGUUACAAUCUUGAGAAGGGAACAAGCCUCAAACUGGCUGCUAUAAACAAAUACAACGAUGAGCUGAUGUUUACUCGGUGCCUCUAUUACUACAUAACGUUGGAGGCCAUUGAUACAUCCAGCAACUCUCUUUGCAACUUUCAGACGUGUGUUUUCAAAGAUUUCCUUCCGGAACAGGCAUCCUUUGUGGCACAGACCGAAAUUUCCAGACUAAAAGUUCCUAGCGGCCCUCGACUUACGUUUACUGGGCCUGAGAGAAGAUGGAAGGAGGAUGGAGUUGACGAUUAUUACAAAGGUAAAAUGCCCAAGUGGUUCACCAAAGAUGAGAUGGCUGCAAUUAGCAAUAAGGGGCAGUUUUAUGAGUUGCAAGAAUCAGACUUGCAAGGACAUGAGUGGCUUCAUAUGUAUGCGGAGUUUGCUUUUCACUAUAAGUGGAUGGCACAUGAGAGCGACCUGAGGCCAUUUCUACCAUUGGAAAUCAAGAAGGUAACUAUACAAACUAAGGAAGAGUCGCUGCCAUGCAUGAAGCUCAAGGCCAACAAUGCCAUCUUCUACAUUAUCUUCAAAGGCAAUGGUGAUCCGAGUGGUGCCCCUGUGGAGUACCAAGCGGUUGUAAGAAAGACCAUGGAUGGGAGUCCUGGACACAUUUGCUUGGAAGUCGACUGCUUGGCCUACAAAUCCAGUUGAAUGAAAAUUUUCUUCCGAGGCUAAUAAGAUCUGAUGUGUUUAUUAUCUUUUAGUUUUGUAAGUGGUGCACUAUAUCGUGGAGGACAUAACCUUGGUGGUGUGUAUGUUAUCUACAGUUUGGAGCUUCCCUCCUAAUAUCUAUUUUAUUAAA